AUGCGUUCAGAUGCGACGGCAGAAUUUCUCAGGCUCUCUCUGGGAUUCAAAUGCGACCUCUUUACUCUGGAGAAAAGAGUGAGGCUGGAAGAAAGGUCCCGGGAUCUGGCUGAAGAGAACUUGAAAAAGGAGAUUGCCAGUGCCUUGAAAUUACUAGAGUCUCUGGCCCCUCUCAGUGAAGAUAACCAAGCGCAGGAAAUAGUGAAGAAGCUGCAGAAGAGCUUGGAGCUCCUCAGCCUGUAUACCAGCCGGGUUGCCAGCAAGGCAGAAAUGCUGGGAGCCAUCCAUCAAGAGAGCCGAGUCAGUAAAGCGGUAGAAGUGAUGAUUCAGCACGUGGAAAACCUGAAGCGUACCUACACGAGAGAGCAUGCGGAACUGGAGGAGCUGAAGGAGGUGUUGUUCCAGAACGAAAAGUCCUUCAGCUCUUCAGGGGACCGAGACGAACCUUCAAGUAAAAAACUCUCGGGCUCUCUAAAGCAGUCAUCCCUACGCAGAGUUAGCAUCGCAGCCUUGCCCAGGAAUGUGGGAAAUGCCAGCUCCGGCUUGCCCUUGGCUCAGCUGAACGAAACGGAUGGAAGCGACCGGAAUGAUAAAUUCAACAGGCGCCCGAGUUGGAGCUUGGCAGGAGCAAAGCCGGACGAGAAGCGCCCUUCCAUGCAGCGAUACAUCAGCUCGCAUUCCUGGACUGAGUCGGAAGAAGAACAGCCCGAGACGAAGAACAUUCCUAUGGAACCACCAGUUCCUGAGACAAGAGCAAGCAAGACUCGGAAGCUGAGUGAAAAGGAAAGCACUUCCUCAACAUGGCUGCACUUGGCGUGCACCCGAGUUUCUUCUUGGGCCUCCUCUCUCCGGACUGCCUUCUGCAGAAUAAACAAGACUCUCUGUGUGUCUCUGGUCGCCGUUGUGGUCCUGGCCGUCCUCUCCUCGUUCGUCAUGGCCUGUUCGCUCCAGAGGCCUGCUGACGCCGCCCCCGUCGGGACGGGAAACGCCUGGACUUCGAUCCAGCAGCUGCUGUGGCCGCACACGGGGCUCCGGCACGAGGGGCCCCCACCCGUGUAGCGUGCCCGUGAUGCGUCACGCGGGCCUCUGCUUGCUGAGCUGGAGACCAGCCUGCGUUAGAUCCUAGACUCUCAAGCUGUCUAAGUGACCAAAGGAUCCAAGGUCCUGCCUAAAAAAACAAAGCUUCCCCAUUGGCCGCCAAGGCCCUUUGCUUUCAGCCUCUAAAAAUGUGACGACGGCACUUGCCGAACUUGCAGCUCCAUGCUUUCUGGCGCUGCACUUCCUGUCUUUUUGAACGAAUGACUUUUUUUUAAGUG